AGCAUUGACAAGUAUGACUAUCCGAGAGCUAAUGAGACCUUAAGACAAUUACACAAACAGCAGUGGCUGAAUUAUUACAAGUGCCUGGAGGAAACAUACGCAACUAUAGGUCGCAAGAGAAUCAGCUAUCUUACCGCGCUUACGGCGUUAGAAGGAACAUCCGUAACAAGUACACAUGACUGAUCUAAUAGAGUGGUACUUCAAUAGCAGUAAACACGGUGUUGUAGAGAAUGUGACACAAGAUGUGGAUCAAAUUCUCAAUUCGACAAGCAAUCAGUAUAUCGUCAUGCAUAAUAUCAAGUUACAGCAGGAGGGAAUGUAUUGGUGCGAAAUGGGAGAUACCGCGGGAUCGGUUUAUUAUUUACAUGUUGAUAACAACGUCGAGGCGAUAAAUAUUGUAUUCCCGGAUACGGCGCCCAAUGCAUCACACGCAACGUCGGCUGCAAAUGUGCCGGAAUACGAGCUGGAAGUUUACACUUCGUGGACAACGUGGACCUCGUGUUCCACGUGUGACGCGGUCGGAAUAAAAACGCGAUACGGUUACUGCGUGAUCUCUGGGAGAACUAAAAGCUGGAGCAAAACGGAAGAAGACGCAACUUCAACGGUAACAAUAAACGAAACUCUGAAAAACUCGAUUAAAACUCGAUUAAAAACGGCGCUGUUGCUGUUCAAAAACACGUUACCGUGUAAAUCGAAAUUCGUUCCAAAACAAAUACAAACAAUACCGGCGAUCAGAAACAGAACAACCGAAGUUAUGAGACAGUAUUGCAAGAAAAAAUGCCGAAAACAAGCGAUAUUCGAAGUACGCGACGAGAAGGGCAACGUUCUUGAAAGAGCGAACAACAGCGCCGGUAUAUAUUCUUUGAUUCAGGGAAUACCUCAGCUGUUGCCGUCCGUCGAACGUAAUAUAAUUUACGCGAAACGUAAUAAAAAGAUAAAACUCGUUUGUCCAGGAAAUUUAAAAGCAGACAUUCCAGUUGUUUGGCACAUUGGUAAAAAAGCGAUAAUUUCAUCUCAAAUUGAGCAACAAUCAAACGGAAGAAUUCGAAUUACUCCUCAGAUGCACAUAUUAGUGACAUCUCUGAAAUUUGAGGACGCAAAUAUUUAUAGUUGCUGGCAAAAUAAUGAAGUCGCUGGAAUAAUCAAACUGAACGUAUCUGAAGAAGUGGAAUUAAAACUGAAUCAUCAUGUUAUCUUAAUUAGCUUAAUCUUCAUAUUAAGUGUGAUACUGAUAGUAUUUUGGCGAGCAUUUAAAAGACAAAUGCGAUUUACGAUGUACUAGUCGCGGGUUUUGCACAUAAAAACAUACUGAUGUAAAUUAAGCAAAAUAAA